AUGGCGGGAUUCACUAUGAGCUUGAAUCUGCUGCUACUAGUAGCAAUGGUAGCUACAAACAUCCUCUCUCUAUACCAUCUCUCCUCCAACACCAAUUUCUUCCAAUCCACCGUCAAAUCCUCACAGUCCUCUGUUCCCACUGUUCCCGACCACCUCCUCCGCCAGCUCCACACAAUCCGCGCCGCCAUCAACCACCUCACCAGCCACCAACCAGACAAAUCCUCUUCAAUUGCAUCGUCCGUGACUUCACACGCCGCCGUCUCCUCCUCCUCCUCCUCCACCGCGCCCAAAGAUCUCCUCCUCUACUCUAAGCUCUCACCCAUAGCUUCCGCUUGCCAUAACUACCCUGACCUUCUCCACGAGUACAUGAACUACACUCCUUUCUCCCUUUGCCCUUCCGACACCGAUCUAGUCGAGAAGCUCAUCCUCCGCGGCUGCCACCCACUCCCUCGCCGUCGCUGCUUCUCUCGUACACCGCGAAAUCCGACGGAUUCCAAGCCGGAAACGAAUGUCAUCUGGUCUUACUACUCGUGCAAGUCGUUCGAUUGCUUGACUGCUAAAUUCCCCGAUCUCGGUUUCGAUCUCUCCCUCGAGAAAUCCAAAUCUCAAUUCUCCACCUACAAAUCGGAGCUCGAUCUCCCGAUCUCGCAGCUCCUCCAGAUCGCCAAAUCCGCCAAUUCCGUGCUCCGACUCGGGAUCGACAUCGGCGGGGGGACGGGAUCUUUCGCGGCAGCUAUGAAGGCUCGCAACGUCACCGUCCUCACCACGACGAUGAAUUUCAACGCGCCGUACAGCGAGGCGGUGGCGUUGAGAGGGCUUGUGCCGCUUCACGUGCCUCUCCAGCAGCGGCUUCCGGUGUUCGACGGCGUGGUGGAUUUGGUCAGGUGUGGACGUGCGGUGAACCGGUGGAUUCCGGUGACGGUGAUGGAAUUCUUCUUCUUCGAUCUGGAUCGGAUUCUCCGUGGCGGUGGGUAUCUCUGGUUGGAUCGGUUCUUUAGCAAAAAAGUCGAUCUUGAGAAUGUCUAUGCGCCGAUGAUCGGGAAAUUGGGUUACAAGAAGGUGAAAUGGGCGGUGGCCAACAAAAUGGAUUCCAAACAUGGUGAAGUUUUCUUGACUGCUCUGCUUCAAAAACCUCUUGCAAGAUGA